AUGGAGAACCAACCUGACCCUGCAGUGCUCCAAACGAUAUUUGGGACAGAAGUGAGGAGGGUGUCUUCAGACAAAAUAUAUGAGACGGGAUACGAACCUGCGCAACCCACAAAAACGAGUGAAGAGAAUAUGAAAAUCCUCCAAAUAUUUGACGUUCGUUUGUAUUACUUUUUUUACUCGACAACUAAUCUUCAUUUGAUUGUGAGUUAUCGAAAUAACAGAAAGACUUACGACGUUGAACAAAAUAAAGAACUCGAUGUCUAUCAGCUUAAAAAGUACUUUGAAAAGGAGUGGAAAGUGUGUUUACCAGAGGAGGCUAUUAAAUAUCAUUGCGGACAAACGUUUCUCGAAAAGGCGUAUAAAGUGCAACGACACGAGUUUGUAGCAUUCCAUAAAUACGUUGCUGCAAAUAAAAAUGAAAUUCAGAGUGAAAAAAUCCAAAAUAUAUUUGAAGGGUUUGAAGCCCAGUUUAGUGAAAGUUCUUCGUUAGAAGCAGAAUAUAAAUAUUUGGAUAAAAAUAUCAUAGUUUCUAAAGAAGAUCCUAUUCCACAUUCUCUUCUUUUCCCACAACCUAAAGAACCCGUUUCAACAGACAAAAUCCACACUAACCCAUAUAAUAUGUUUUUUGGAAAGACUUUUACUCGUUUUGUUCGACAAGAAAAGUACACUAGUAUUUUCGACGGCAGAAAAGGAAAAGAAAUGAAAAGUGAAGGGAAAGUCGACGACCGACUUUUCGGUGUUGAGUCAUUAGUCCAAACAGAAACUGUCAAACCGGGAACACGGCGAAAACAAAAAAGUAACCUCUUUGAAUACUUUAACCCGAAAUUAACCGCCGGCGAUUUGUUAUACUCAACAAAACUCACAAACGCACAAAACGAAUGUGUGAAUGAAACAUUAAAAGUCUACAGACCGUUGGUGAUUGAGGUCACUAAAAUUCGGUUCAAUAUCUACCCCGAACCAUUACAAUUAAGAUUUUCAUUCUAUGAUAUGGAUUUCUGCAAAAUGACGGCAGACUUCACUUUUGAUAUAUCAGCGUCUAUGCUGAAGGACCACAUUGAAAAUAACAAACCACUUCGAAUACCAAAAACAUCGGCAAUUAUCAAAAAAUCGUUUUUGGACGGGAAGGAAAACAUUUUUGUGGUGUUACAAAUUUUUAAACCAAUGGACGUGGACGUCGAUUUGGGAAGAGACGCGUAUUGUGCAGAAGGCAAAAAAGACCAGAAAAUGGUCAAAAAGUACAUUGAAAAAGUCAAAGAAUCAAAAAAUUUGGAGAACAAGAAAUUCUAUCAACUUCUGUUAAUUGGUGGCGGGUCGAUCCAUUACAUGGAAAACUACGAGAUGAAUAUCUACAAACCAACAAGUGAUUUAAAGGACAUUUACUCGUUGAUAAGAGAAAUGGAGCGACUGAAAAUCUGUGGGAACUUUGAGUUCAGUUUAAGGAAUGAAAGCGAGAAGUAUGAACAUUGCGAUGGGUUGACCAAAGUGUAUCAACCAAACAAAAGCAACAUGGUUGAACGUAUUAAAAUGAUGACAAACAUCGACUUGACACACAUAGAGGAGACUUUUAACUCUUAUGAAAACAAGUUGUUUGUCUACCCCACUGAAGUUGUUUUAAGUAAAGAACGGAAGAAGUCUGGUAUUGUGAUUACAGUGUAUGUGAGGGAGACUGAUGACCGGUUUGUUGUUGGUAAGAGUUGUCUCAGUGUGGUCUAUCCAAACACGAGUGGGACUGAUGAUGAGUUAUGUUCCUCAUUCACAACUUCAGUGUCGAAUGACAAGAACGGGCAUUUCACCGACGAGAUCAAAAUUGAAUUGCCGUUUCCACUCAACGAGAAACAUCAUUUACUCUUCCAAAUACGCGACAUUAACACAGAAGAUGGAACGGAAGGAAAGUCGUAUUAUGGAAUUAUGAUGUUGUAUGAAAACAAUGAAAUUAUUAGAACAAAAGAGCACACAAUUCCUAUACUGAAAGAAAUGGUCGACGGGUAUUUAGAGGAAGUGGAGUAUUAUGACAUUUCCAACAUGAACUUGAAAGUCAACAUAAAUGUGGUUUCAAGUAUCUAUCCACUUGAACAGGAAAUAUCGAAUUUCAUAUACACCAAGACUUCCGUCGAGACGGUAGUCGACGCCGAAUUUUACCCCGACUUCAUCCAUUUUCUUCCUCUUGUGAUGAAGAGAGUUGUUAAUAUACUAGAAGAGAGAAAUAGAGAGGAGUUGUUUGGACUCUUUAGAAUAUUUAGGAUCAUGGAUAAAAAUAGGACAGAUGAUGGGAAUGAGAGAUGCAUGUUGUAUAAAAACUCGAAUAUAGUGUAUGCUAUUAACCACUUUGUACCAAUAAAAACAGAGAAGGGGAACUACCCGUGUCAAUUUCUAAUCUUUUGUAUGCCAAUACUCUUUGACAAGACGGAGACUGAGGCCAAAGAAAGACUGAAAUAUAUGUGGAUAAUCUUUUCUAUUUACUUAAAGUCGUUGAUUGGGUUUUAUCAAGAGAAUGGCGUGUUUGAAUUGAAGAAUUACCACGAGUACUUUAAGACCGAAACUGGAUACAAAUUGGCUUUUAAUACAUUCAAACAUAUUAACAUGUUUUCGGAGUUCAUUGUGUAUUGCUCCACAGAGAAUUUAGCGAGCGAAAUAUCAAUAAGAGAAGCAAAUCUCUUUUAUGCAGAAUUCAUUCGAGACUUUUCAUGUCUAUUUAAACGAGGGGAAGUGACACGACUGAUCGACACUCAUUUGGACAAUUUGAUUGCAAUUGAGAAGAACCCGAAUGGGAUGAUUGACUCCUUCUCGCAUUUAUUACGACUUGAAUUUGUUGCAGUGCUUGCUGAGGACGAGAAAGUGUACACCAUCAAUGGACCACAAGUACUUGAAAUAAAAGAGAUUAAUAAAUUGAAUGACUUGUUAGCGGAGAGACACGCGAUGAUGUAUAUAAUACUCAGACAGUUUUUCCUGUUGAUUAUGAACAACAACAAGAAUAUCAGUCGAUUAGCACUCCACGAGUUGGUGAUAGUGAUGAACAAAAUAGACUUGGAUGUUAAUUACAAUAAGAAUCAAAAACAAAACGAACGCAACAAGAUAUUCAGCAUGUUAUUUCCAUUUGUGUUGUUCAUGUUAGACGAAUCCGAUAAGUUGAAUGAGUGGAGAGAGAAGGAUAGUUACUCGGAUUUGUAUGACAUUGAAACACUUUAUGUCAUCUUCUUCUUUAUUUUGAAAAAUUUGAGAGACACUUUAAUAGACCAGUGGUUGGUCUCCGACUUCUUACCUUCACUCUUAUAUACACUACUUUCACAUAUCAGAAAGGCGCUUUUACUUUUCACGAAUUUCCCAAUGAUUUUCAUUCCAAACUCUCGUGGAAUUUACUUGAAAGAACUCCUCUUGUUAUUCAAUCGAUAUAACUCCUCGCUCUCACAAGUAAGAACAGCAACAACACCAAUCAUAAGUUCACCAAUGAGAACACCAGGACCAUCGAAGAGUUUCUCGAGACUUGGAAAUUUCGCAACAAAGAGAUUCUCGUCGAAGCUCAAGAGUUCCAUGAAAGAAGAGCAUUCACCUUCCAGUUUUGAGUCCAAUCCAAGAACAUCUAUUACAAAUGACAGCGAGGAUUCAAGCGUGUUUUCUAAGUUAAAGGAUGAGGCGGAGAACCAGACAAACUUGGCAAAAAGCGACAUGAAAGUCGAGUUUCUCAUACUUGAAAUAUUACUUAUCUCGAUGGAUUACAGUGAAGUGAUGAUGAAAGUUUUGUUAACCGAAGAGCCCACGCCGGCGCUUGAAAGAGUCCAAGAGCUUGUCUCUGUUGAAUUCUUCACGUGCAAAAAGUCGCGAUUGUUUUUGGUCUCUAUUUACGACUUCAUUCGGUCGAUUGUGUCAUUCCACAGAAACUUUAUCUUCACACGGCAAAAUCUCUUGACAAAAAAUUUGGUAAAACGAUUUCUGGAACUUUCAAAUUCGGACGAAAGUGCUGAGCGGUCUGUUGGGAACAACUUGAUUUUGUUCUUCUGUAAGAUGAAUUUUACAGUGACGGGAAACACCAUUUCAACUGUCGUGAAUGCGACAAAUGCACUCUCCGAACUUCAACUCAAUGAAGUAAAGAACGUGAAGACUUUGAUCACACAACUUGGGAGUUUGUACCAACAAUAUAACUUGUGUUUUGAUACUCGACUGUCCAAGUGUGUCGACUUGCUAUUAGAAGAGGGUAUUCGUCGUAACAAGUCACUUAUUAUGGUACAUCAAAUAUACGACGCCAUUGACUCUGGUGAUUUGGAUGCAUUCUUCAUAUUUGUAAUGGACUGUAUCUUGAUGUACGAGGGAGUUUUAGACCUUGUAUUAAACUCGGUUCCGUCUGUGAUAAAUGGGUAUGUCCAGAUGAAAAGUGACAUUGGAGCGCUUCUUGCAUCAAACCGCAAUUUCAAGAUGAUUGAAAAUUGGAUCUCAUUGAUUUCAAGAAAAGUUGAAAGGACGUGUGACGUCUUCAAAGGGUUUUUCGGGGAGAAGCGGGAGGUGAUGGUGGAGAGGUAUGGCAUGUGUUGUGCUAAAAUGCGUCAGUUGGAAGAACAUUGUGAGGUGGACAAACGAGAUGUUUUUGAACUUGUUGAAGGGUGUCGAAAGAACAAAGAAAUAGGGGAACAAAUAAUACAAUGGAUUGUGUCCAACAUGAAAAUAGAAACGACAGAGGUCGACCAAGUUUUUGAGUUAAGUGAGAAUGAGUUAAUCCUCAAAAUCGAGGAGUUGGAGGGACAACAAACUUUGCGAUGUGAGGAGAUCAAAAAGCUGAUCGUGCGGUACUCCAAGUUUGAUGAAAUCUUGCGUGUGUACCAACUCGAAGCAAAUCCACUGUUUCCGAUUACAACGGAAGAAAUCACCGAAGGAACUAAAAGAGUGGUUACAUUGCACCAAUCGCGGAUUAAGAAUGCACACAUCUGCUUACAGUCGCAGACGUGUUAUUUGUCGGAGAACGAAAGAUACGCAAGAAAAAUUCGGAAGUUUGAAACAGACUUGGAACAACAGUACUUUGAAAUACAAUGCGACUUAUGCGCAAGACCAAUUGGUGAGAACUUUUUUAAUCGAGCACAAGAGAAGUACAAAAUGAUGUUAAAAACAGUGAAAGCGGAUUUGGCGUCUUUGGAAGCAAAGAAGACCAAAAGUGGGUGCUUACGCCCGGAGUGGGAUGUUUCCUUUGGGAGUUGGGAAGAGACCAUUAACGAGGUGAUUGGCUGUGUUGAGUGGUUGAGUAAGUACAGUGGCAUAGUUAAAGAGAACAACACCCGAAUUGAACAGAUGAAGCUGUGGUAUGAAAAAGAGCGCACAUUCAAUAUCAAAGUAGUCGACAUCUAUGUGUGGGAUGGCAUUUAUUUGGCAUUAAAUAAAGUUGCCAUGAAAGAGUCGAAUGACUAUUUGGGGAUCAUGGCGAGUGUUUAUAGAUAUUUGAAAGAGACUGAAGAUGGUGUAGAGAAGGAGUACGAAGAAUGCAGUAACAUCUCCAAAGAGCUUUUGAAAGAGAAAGAGUGUUAUAAAAACACCAAAAAUUCGGUGAACUUUAACAUGGAGGCAUUAGGGUUUAAGCUCUUUGAAAAGGUGAAUUCAAACGACUUUGAGAAGCUUGAUAUGACUGUUUCGAUCUACGUUGAUCAGUAUUUGCUUGAGAAGGAACUUGAGAACAAAAGAAAUUUGUAUGCACAAAUGUACAAGGAGUUCUUUGAGAUUACAGACACGACAAAGGGGACACUGGACAACGAGAAAGUCACCCGAUCGACGGAAUUGUCGGAGAAACUUUUUGCACUGGACAAAGAACAUGUCACCAAGUUGAACAGAUAUUGCAAAUUUGAAACAAACGAACAAACUGUUUUAAUACGAGCACAGAACAUUGGGAUUAACCACGACACGUGCGAGUUAAAGAGUCCACGAAUUUCGAUUAUUCCAUUUAACAGGAAGACGGGGGGCGUUGCGUUACAACAAAUAACUCAAUUUUCGUCGAGAAAGGGAGAUGACUUGUUGGACAUUGUUGGCGCGUUUUUUGAUGAGAAGAAAUGUGUGAAAAUCGACUGUUUUUAUGACCUUUCAUACGGGCAAAGAGACUCGUUCAGCCGAUGUCUGACUAAUGUACAGACUAACAUCAUUAGUAUAGUCGAGAACUUGGAUACUUUGAACUCGAAGAAGGUCCAGUCCACAGAUACACAAUACAUACUCGAGUUGUACUACCAAUUUGCUAUGGACUACAUCUCCGCACCACAACUCCACAUGACGUGGAUGUCUAAAUUAGCGCAACAACACAGAAAGAAGCUGCAGUAUGUGGAAGCUGGGCUGUGUGAAGUGCACUUAGUGAUUUAUGUCAACAACUUGUUACCAGAGGAUUUGCGGUUUGAUUUGAAAACCAUCAAAGACCGGCUUGGGACGUUUGCGAGGAACAGUGUUGGUGUCGUAGACUCGCAAUUUGCGUCGAACAUAUCGGUGGAUACUUUAAUUGAACACGUCAACAGUGCUUGUAACGAUUUUGAGGAUGGGAAAUACCCUGUGUAUGGUCUUCUAUUGGCCAAUUUGGUUGUUCCAUAUUACGUGAGUAAAAAACGGUAUAGAGAACUUACAGCAAAGCACGAGUACGUGAACAAAAUGUAUGAGAUGAUGGUCGCACAGAAUCGGGAUGGUGUCUCUGGCGUGUUGCAAUUUUACUAUGUCCGAUUUUUUGGUACAAACAUCGACAAACACUUGGACGGCAAUUCAUUUGUGUACUCCAGUUCAAAGGAAAGGAUGUCGUACUUGCUGAAAGAAGUCAAAGAAACUGUGCCCAAGAACUUCAAAGGAGAGACCCACAUCUUAAGAACUUUGGACCAAGUCAACGACGCUGUUACAAAUGGUCCAGACGAUCAAUACUACAUUGUGUGGACUCCAUUAAACCCCGUUUUUGAAAACGUGAGGUCAAAGUGUUGCAACAAAUUUUACUACGACGAGUUGAAGAAGAACUCACAGUUUGAAGAGAAAAAUUUCGAAGGGGUCGAUGGGUGGACUGUCAACAGAUUAAUUGUGGAAACUGAUUUUGUGCUGCCGGGUGUGAUGAAGAGACUCCAAGUUGUGAAGGAGACAAACGUGACACUGAACGCGAUUGCAAUCAUGACCGAAGAAAUAGUCCGAAGGAAGAACGAAGUGUUUAACUUUCUUGACGAAAGUAAGAGGAGUGCAGACAACACGACGAAGGUGCUUGAGAAACUUUUAAAUCGCAUCGAAAUUUUUGUGUAUGGCGUCAAAGAGGUGAAAAUAGGAAAGCCAAAUGUUUUUGAAGGAAUGAACAUCAUGAAAGUGGUCAAAACAUUCUUUAACAAAUAUGAGGUCUACCACUUAGAAGAGUACAAGACGUUGUUUGAACAAAUUAAAGAAGGAAUGAACUUUGUUGUUGAAGGAAUUGCAGUGUUAGAGAAAGUCGCCAUUUCAAAGGAAGAGUUCGAAGGAUUGCAACGAGUUAUUGCGAGAAUAGAUCUUAUGCUUGACGAGGUGGAUGCGAGAAUAGAUGCUUUUGAACAAGACAAUAUGUAA